ACAAGAUACCCUCCUCAACAUUUUAAAUAAGAAGCUGGAAGCUGGAAAUUUCCGCACGUGACAGCGACGCAACGGCUUGGCUAUAUGAGGAAAACCGGCGGAGAGCAUCAGGACCAUUCAGCCACACAUCAGGGCGCACGACGCACACUCACCGCCGUCUCCAACUCCCAAGACAUUCUUUUCUUUUCUUUUCUUUUCUUUUCUUUCUUUUUUUCGUUUUCUUUUUUCUUUCAAAGCGAAGACGGGCACGCCGCGAGCAGGGCAGACCCAAACCGGCCGGGAAACUCAGGUUAAAGCGAGCGCAAGACCCAAAGAGAGAGCUGGAGGAAAAAAAAAAGAAAGAGAGAGAGAGAGAGAGAGAAGGACCAGCCCUCCCUCCCAAUUCACCUCCUUUUUCUUCAUCCCUCCUUCUCGGACCUCCACUCUCCAGACGCGAGUUCCUCACAGUCAGAGAGAGGGAUGCUGCGUGUUGCUCAGCCGCACUUGCACUCAGACGGAACCUAGAAGCGGAAUUACGCUUCAUCUUUUUCUUUUUCUUGAGAAGUGAAGUGGCGGUGAUUCUGGCUGCUGUUGCGCACCGUUUCGUGUUCAGUUUUUAGGGGGGGCAGAAUCUGGACAUUAACACACAGAAGAAUCUCCGCUUUCAUCUUCCACGAUCACAAGAAGGUGUUGAUUUCGUUACUCUCUUAUCACACCUUUGUUUCCUCCCCCCCUCCCCUUUCUUUCUCCAGCACGAAUACUUCUUUUUUUUUUUUUUUUAUCAUUAUUAACUUAAGAAUCGUCAGCGUGCUUAAAAAAAAAUGCUUCCAGCCGAAGACGUGUUGCCAUGUCGCGUCUCUGACGUUUGACACAUUUUUACGGAUCCGCUAAUAAAAAAGAAAAGAAAAAAGAAACUGGAGAAAUUGGACCAAACAAAAAACAAACAAACAAAAAAAACCCAAAAACAGCAAAGUCAGAGAAGUUCUCUUAAGCCGCGACUGGUGCGCUUUUUCUUCUUCUUUUUCUGCUCCUUUUCUCUCCUUUUUUUUUCUUUUUAUUGGAGUCCGAGCAAACCAGACCGACCGUCCAGAUGCAGUUUCGACUCUUCUCAUUUGCCCUGAUCGUCUUGAACUGUAUGGAGUACAGCAACUGUCAGGCGCCGUCGCACCGCUGGAGGAGAAACAAGAGAGUUUCGGGAAUUGACGGUCUGACGGGACAACCUCCCGCUUCCCCGCUGUCUGACCGUGACAUUUGUCAUCAGCUAAGGCCGCGAGAGGCUAGCUAUGGAGCGUACCCCAUCUGUAAAGGCUGCUCAGUGUGCUCCAGGGAUAACGGCUGCGUGAACUGCCAGCCCAAACUCUUCCUGUUCUUGCGAAGGGAGAGGAUGAGGCAGUACGGCGAGUGUCUUCACGACUGUCCAGCCGGAUACUACGGCAUGCGCAGCCCUGAAAUCAACAUGUGCUCCAGGUGCAGGAUAGACAACUGCGAGUCCUGCUUCAGCAAAGACUUCUGCACCAAGUGCAAAUCUGGUUUUUACCUGCACAAAGGGCGCUGCUUUGAUAAGUGCCCCGAGGGCUUUGCCCCGCUGGAAGACACAAUGGAGUGUGGAGAGGGCUGCGAGGUGGGCCAGUGGAGCGAGUGGGGAGCCUGCACCAGGAGAAACAAAACCUGUGGCUAUAAGUGGGGUCUGGAGACCCGGACGCGGCACAUUGUUAAGAAACCCCCCAAGGACACAAUACCGUGUCCCACCAUUGCCGAGUCCAGGAUGUGCAAAAUGGCCAUGAGACACUGCAGGAGAGGUAAUUCAGGGAAGCACCGAUCCAAAGAGCCAAAGAAGAAGAACAAGCAGAGGCUGCGGUUUCGGGCCCAGAACCAGCACAGUGACCACUUGGCCUCUGCGCGCUCCAGCCAGUAAGGACUGCAACCUCCCAGUGAACACAGAAACCAACGCAAAGCUGCUAGCCGCCGCUGCACCCAUACUCUGACUGACAACUUUCACCCACCACACCCCCUCUCGCUGCCCUCCUCCCCACUCGCCUCCCAUUCCUCCUUCUCUCCGCCCACCAGGACGCAAACACCGACCCCACCCCACCGACGACCCCAAGAAACACGCUCUGCCUCCCGCUGCUUUCCCCUCGCCCACCCCGCGACCCCGUCGACCCCGCAGUUGCUGCAGCCGGCUAAGGUGACUCUACUUUCUCCCAGCGCCACGCCCCCCCCACUUUUUUUCUUUUCGCCUUGCGGACCUUCACAGUUGACAGAACUGAAGUCACUUCCCGCCAUUAACGAACAACGCGGGCCGUACGGGGGCGAUGGAAGACAGAGGAGAACUCGGAGGGCGGGAGAGCCAGAGGGGCGGCAGGUAAAGAGGAGGAAGGAGUCGGGGGAGUUGGCGAGCUGAACUGCAUCAGAGGGAGAGGAUGUGACAAAAAUCCAUCCAGGACGAAGAAGCAGAGAAGGUUCGGUUGAAGCAAAUGAUGCUAAUGGACUGAAGAAGAAGAAGAAGAAGAAGAAAAAAAAUGGCAUCUUGAAACAAGAGAGACUGGUUGUUUUUAUAUAUUUUUUUUUUGUUCAUAUAUUUAUGUCGAAGCUACCCCUCUCCUUCCUUCCCUCUAAAUGGAAACAGAGUUUUCCCAUGUGUGGCCUUUUAUGUUAUGUAUUUUUUUCCAGAGUAAUAUUAAGAAGAAGAAGAAAAAAAAAAUCCAAUGCAUAGUUGCAAAAUAUUUUAUUCUCAGCACAAACUGUUUACGUUCAGACCGCUUAAUGCUGUAUCUGUAUAGUGUCAGUUAAAAGAAGAAGAUUUAGUUGUUCAACUAGCAUGGCAACAGACUUGUACAUAGUUGAUCUAAUUAUAAAAGCCUAUUACUGUAUUUUCAGUAUUGAGUCAGUCACCAUUCUAAAUGUUUUAGAAAUAAUAAUAAUAAUAAUAAUAAUAAAAAAAAUGGUUGUAAUACAAGCUACAGAUUAAAAUAAUGAAAAACAUAACAAACUUAGCCACCUCAUAGCAAUUUCAUUCAUAUGGUAUAUAUUUGAUUUAUUUAUUAAUUCAGUUUUGUACUUUUUUUUUUUUUUUUUUGUUCAGUGAGAAAUUUCGCCUCACGCUGUCGGUGUUUUCCUGAGAUAUCCUCUCCUUAUAUCGUUGCAUAUCUCCGUCAUGCAAGUGUUGUAGGCUGUUCGUUUGACCUCAUCUACUGAUUUUGAUGCUUCAUAAAAGGAGAAAAAAAUUUUAACUAUGCUUUGAUGUAUUCUAGGUUUAAUAAUUAGGCUCCAGCUAAUGUAUGGUCAUAGGACUGCAUCUGUGUACAUUGUGUUUUAUUAAACCUGCAUUUCAUGUGACUGUAUGAAAAGGCCUUUCCUUACUGUCCGUGGCUAUAAUAUAUGUGGCUAAA